AUGGCCAUAAAUCCUCACCUCCUUUCUCACAAAAUCCGAUUUUCAUUUGCUUCUCUCAAUAAGCCAAUAACAAAAAGAGGAAGAAGAAGUUGUGCUGCUUUUACUUGUCUCUCUGUAUCAUCAUCUCUUGUUUCUUCUUGCAGCUUCACUUGGGACGACGUCGUUCGAGUCUCUCAACCUGAAUAUGCCCCAAAUGAUUCUUCAGAUCUCUCUGGCUUCUUCGAAAAGAUCAAAUACUGCAAUCGCGGCGGCUCCGAAUUAAAAUCUGAAUUUAUUCCAUUCGUGAUGGAGGGCCAAAUAGUUGGUUACAUACAUAACGGUUUUGUUGAUUAUUUGAGGAGGUUUAAGGACGUGUUUGUUUUGUCUCAAAGUGAUUCUCGUUUUGGCAUUAAUGUGACUUUAACUAAAACAAUAAACACGGCAGAGGAAAGAACCAGAGUUGUUGGAGAGGUAAUCAAAUGCUUGGCUGAAGAAGAUAAACAACUAAUUCCAGGUAUACGAAACGAGUUGUAUCCUGUCACACAUUCGUUCGGGUCGCCCCCCUAUUUUUCGCUUGAACGUGCUGCUGCUCCUUAUUUUGGAAUUAAGGUCUGUGCUCCUGAUGCGUAUGGAGUUCACAUGAAUGGUUUUGUGGAGAGAGAUGGAAAGAAAUUUCUAUGGAUAGGAAAGAGAAGUCCAGGGAAACAAACUUUUCCCUGGAUGCUUGAUCAUCUUGUUGCUGGUGGACUGCCUCACGGGAUCUCUUGUGGUGCAAAUCUUAUAAAGGAAUGUGAAGAGGAAGCAGCAAUUCCUUCAUCCCUUUCUAAUCAAGCCAUAUCAGUUGGCGCUGUUUCUUAUGUGGACGUUGAUGGGUAUAGAUACAAAAGGGAUGUUCUAUUUUGCUAUGAUUUAGAACUCCCUGAUGGUUUUAUACCUAAUAAUCGAGGUAAAUCUGUGAAAGCUCGGAUGCUGAAUUUCAUUAAAGAUGCUGUAAUUGUUCUUAAUUGCGCUAUAGUGGGAAGAGCAUGA